GGAUACUCUCAUCGCCCAAGUUGCUUGGACGUUUUUCGUGGGUUGACGGGAAGAUGGAAGGGGACAUGAAUCCUACGGUGCUGGCUGCGAUGAAGGCGCAGAAGGAAUGGGCGAAAGCGGUGGCGUUCAACCAGGAGGGAAAGGUCAUUGCGGCCACGGCCAAGCCCCUCGACGGAGAAAUUGCGGCAUUCUUGAAACUCUUUGACAGCCGAGACGACACAAUGGGCACGGGGAUUGUGUAUUUGAACGAACAGUACGAUGUCCAUCGAUUCCACCCGCCGCUUAUCUAUGGCCGCCGAGGCGAUCCUGCCAAGGGCGAAGGCGAAGGCAUCGCCAUUUGCAAGGUCGAGAAAGCGUCGGUCUACGUCCUCAUCACAUAUGUCCUGCCCACGUUGUCGUCGCGCGCGGUACCGCAACUACAGGAAUUCUGCGCCCAACAAUGUACAUGCAUGACCACUUUGUUCCUUUCAGUUUCAUCUUUGGUUUGUAGUCGAGUCGCCCUCGCAGUAGUACACAAUCCGAACGCAUCCAAGCCGAACAAGGAUACCAACGAAUACUGUCGCGAGCGAGCGGAGCGAAGGACUUGGGCUUUGUCUAGCAACGUGUAGCUGUGGACGGAGUUGACGAUUACCACUGAUGUGUUAUGUGGUGGUGUAACGCAUAAGAAGUCGAUGCUAAAGUAAAGGAAGGUGUCGUCAUGAGUUGCGUAGAAACGCUGCAGGAUGUGGAUGUUGACGCUUGGAGAU